AUGGACAAACAAACCCCGAAACUGAGCAACAGUCUCCUGACACCCGAGCCACACUACAUCCCGGGGUUUGUGGGACACUGCCCACAGCUCAAAUUCAAUGGAGGGAAGUCAUACGGCCAGCUCACAGCUGAGAUGCUCCGCCUUCCUAAUAUAAAAUGCUCCGCUCACCGGGUCGUCAGUGACCAUCACGUCCCCUCUGCAGAGUAUGACUCUGCUCUGACACUGAGGAUGAUACCAGGAUUCACCGGCUUUAUUCCAAAACGUCACAACUACUUUGGCAGCAGUUACUCUGACACGUGUCGCAAAGCGAUAUCUGAGUUCAACCAGGAGAGACGCACAAGGACGCAACGAUCAUCAUCAGACCUGCCAGCUCUUGUCUACCACACCAACCCACAUCCUGAAAGACUAAGACCCUCUUUGGCGGCAACCUCCGGCACAGUUUUCCGUUACAAGCCUUUGAAGCCUUUUACACCCCUCAGAACUCCAUACGUCAUGGAUGAUGAUGACCCGAACAAGCACUUUAUCUUAGGAUUCUCUGGACACGUGCCGAAAUCUCGCUUCCUGUUUGGCAAAGGCUACGCCGUCACCACCAACCAGGCUCUGAUCCAGUUUGGAGAGCAGCAGCGGACUGACCCCAGGUCCCAAAAUAACUCAGGGAGAAAGGACAGUUCGGUAGUCACCAAGUCCACCAUCUAUCCCACAGACAGUAGGAUGGUGCCGUCAUUCUCGGGACACAUCCCAGGAUAUAAGUUCAUGUGUGGAGACACCUUUGGCAAUCUCUCCCGGAAUGUACUAGAAAAGAGCGGGAUCAAAAGGAUUUCCCAGGACAAGUCGUAA